CUCUCUCGAACACUUCGAGUUAAACAGACUCUUGCUCGUUUUGGCACACAAAUGUCAGACUGCUUGAUACCUCAGACAACAUCAUCAAACAGAAACAUUGGACUUAGGGCAAAGCAGGCAUUCAUGUACUAUUGAAGGACACCUUGAACAUUUUGAGCUUUGAAAAGAGAUAACUCAAAACUCAUUCUGAGUCUUGAUGGCAUAUUCUAGAGACUCCUAUCAUUGCAGUACAUAAUUACGAAAAAUUGCCACACAAACCACAAAAACUUCUACAGAAAUGGCUUUGAAUGAAACAGAAAGCUUUUCCAACUAUUCAAACACCACAGUGCAAGACAAGUGUGUGCCAGACCGUGAAAUUAGCCAGGUGGUUUUCUCAGUGCUAUACACCAUCCUCCUCAUUGUUGGCCUUCUGAUGAACAGCCUGGCCAUUUGGGUGUUCUUUCAAAUACCAAGCAAAUCAAACUUCAUCGUGUACCUUAAGAACAUAGUCAUCGCUGACCUGCUGAUGACACUGACAUUUCCAUUUAAAAUAGUCAUCGAGUCAAGCUUCAGAACAUCCGGACUUCAAGUCUUUGUGUGCCAAGUCAGCUCGGUCAUAUUUUACUCGACUAUGUAUAUAAGCAUUAUAUUUUUUGGGCUGAUAAGUGCUGACCGUUACCAGAAGGCAGCAAAACCGUUUGGCCAUUCUCGAACAUGCAGACCCAGAACUGCAAUGAUUCUCUCAGCAACCAUAUGGCUGUGUAUGUUUAUCUUAGUGCUGCCCAAUAUGGUACUCUACAAGGGGAAAACCAUGCCAAAAAAUGAGCGCAAAUGCUCCUCUAUGAAGACUAAACUGGGCUUAAAAUGGCACGAAAUGGUCAACUUCAUCUGCCAGAUCAUAUUCUGGAGUAACUUGAUAUUAAUAGUUGUAUGCUAUUUUCUGAUAACUAGAGAGCUUUAUAAAUCCUAUCGGAAAACAAGAGGCAGUUCUAAGCAAUCCAAGAAAGUCAAUUUCAAUGUAUUUCUUGUGCUGGCUGUGUUCUUUGUGUGCUUUGUUCCCUUUCAUUUUGCCAGAAUCCCAUACACACUUAGUCAGACACGAGACGCCUAUCAGUGCUCCACGAAGGUUGCCCUUUACUACAUAAAGGAGAGCACACUGAGCUUGUCAGCAUUAAAUGCAUGUCUUGAUCCGUUAAUUUAUUUUUUUCUGUGUAGGUCAUUCAGGAACAUGUUAUUUGCAAAGCUGAACAAUUGCACAGAGCAACUGCCAAAAAAGCAGAAACAUGUGAACUCAUCGAGCAUGGACACUUCACUCUAGGUUACAAAUUAACAUUAUACCUACCCAAUACCAAACAUUCUCUCUCCUCAUUUCAUCAUAAGGCAUGGGAAACAUGGUGCAAGAAUUACAAUGUUGUAAAAUAAGUUAUAUAAUUCCCACUUCACAUAUACACAGUAUGUUUAAUUCAUGUAAAGUUCUAUGGGGUUUGGGGAUAUUUUAUUAUGUUGAACACACUAUAUAAAUACUCGCAUCUGUUCCGAUGAUGCUACCUUCAAAAACAGUUUCCUUCGCCUCCGUCGCAUCUGCUCCGAUGAUGCUACCUUCAAAAA